GUCAUUGUCAGUGAGAAGGCGGCAGCGCUCGAGAGUGAACGCACGGCGGGUAUAACGUUAAAUAUAUCUCAUACGACAUCGUAAAGUGUUCACGUAUUCCAGUUUAGUUUUAUCAACAAGGACCUCAGCUGAAAAGUGAAACUUUUGACAGAAAGGUCUAUUCACGGACAAGUUUUGAUCAGCCAAACAGCAUAGACACAAGCCAAAGAUGAUCUUCCAAAACAACAUUCGGUUAAGAAACAAACAAGUGACAUUAAACCGCAGAUAGGUGUAAAGACCAUGAUCUAAUUCCAUAGAUCAUGCAACUAAAAUAAUAAUCAUAUAAGUCCUCAAUUCUCCAUCCGCAACGUUGCUUCCUUUUUUCACUAUAUUAAAUAGCAUUACGCAAAACAAGUGCCUAUAUUUACUUAAUAGUUACCAAAAGUACAGACAGACAUAAAUAUUUAUUGAAGCAAUCAUAUCAGAACUACUAUAUAAUAAUAUCUUACUGCCUUAAGUGCCAAGAGAUAAUUUAAAAAAAUAAGGAUGUCACACGGAUCGGUGAAAAGCGCAAAGAAUGGAAACAGCUCCCAAGCCGCCGAGGCCGUCGAGACUUCGAGGGAGGGCUCUGAGAGCCUGCCGCCCCCCCCAGACGGAGGGUGGGGCUGGAUGGUGGUCUUCGCAUCCUUUAUGAUUCAUAUAGUCACCGAUGGCAUGACCUACUCGUUCGGCGUUUUCUACGCGGAGUUCCUGACCUACUUCAACGAGGGCAAGGGCAAGACCGCGUGGAUCGUAUCCAUCCUUGUCGGGGUUACGCUUAGUUCAGGUCCAGUAUCAAGUUCCUUUGUGAAUCGAUGGGGAUGUCGAUCAGUAACGGUGGCCGGUGCUUUACUAUCUGCAGCGUGCGUAGCGGUCUCAGCCUUUGCAAACAAUGUCACUACCCUCAUCUUUACCAUAGGCAUUGGCGCGGGCAUGGGUUUCGGACUGAUAUAUCUUCCGGCAAUCGUCAGUGUCACCGUUUGGUUCGACCGUUACAGAAGCCUUGCAACAGGAAUCGCGGUAUGCGGCUCUGGUCUCGGCACAUUUCUAUUUGCGCCUAUUACAUCAGCUCUAAUUUCAUACUAUGGAUGGCGAGGAGCAAUGGCGCUUAUUGGAGCCUUCAUACUUAACUGUAUUCCAUUAGGACUAAUGUUUAAACCUGUACCUGAACGUCCGAGAUCACCAGUGUCUGAACCAAUGCUACCUAAGCCGAAUAAAUCGCCCUUAAAAAAAUCGCAGAGUACUGAACAAAUAACGAGAGCAAACGGAAAACUAGAAGAUGACGUCGCUAGACUGACACUAUCCCAACCUGCACUAAAUAAACCUCAUGAGCGUAAGGGUAUCUCGCAUUCGCGUCAUGGAAGUGGCAUAAUGCAAAGACCAGACGUUCUAUACACUGGAAGUAUGACUAGUUUAGCAAAGUUCAGAAGUACAUCUCCCGAAAGAGUUCAGAUAUCAAUUAAAAAGAAGGAAAGAGAACAAAAAUGUGGUUGGUUGCCUUGUUCGGAAGAAUCAAAAGCGGCACUGUCUGAAAUGCUCGACGUAUCUCUUCUUGUCGAUCCUAUAUUUAUACUAUUUUCUCUAUCAAACUUUUUAACUAGCAUAGGAUUUUAUAUACCAUAUGUUUACACAGUGCCUAUGAGCGAGAAAUUAGGCAUAGAGAAUUCGCCAUAUUUAAUAUCUAUAAUUGGCGCAUCUAACUUAGUAGGCAGGAUCGUGCUGGGUUACAUCAGUGACAAGCCCUGGGUUGAUCGCUUAUUAGCCUAUAAUGUGUGCCUUACUAUCGCCGGAAUUAGUACAGCAAUGGCAAUGGUUUGCUGGGAAUUCUGGGGACUGGCUCUAUAUGCUACAGCUUUUGGUUUUACUAUUGGCGCUUACGUUGGUCUUACUUCUGUAGUGCUAGUAGACCUUCUUGGUAUUGAAAGGUUGACAAAUGCAUUUGGCCUGCUUUUAUUGUUCCAAGGAAUAGCUUCUCUGAUUGGACCACCUUUUGCAGGUUGGUUGUAUGACACGUUACACUCCUAUGCGCCGGGAUUCUACGUAGCAGGCGGGACGAUAUCGGUCAGCGGGCUAAUUCUCUUCUUCAUCCCAAUGUUACAGAGGAGAGGUAAUAAAAGGGAAAUGAUGCUAGAGCAAAUUUAGCAGGAAGCGCGACGAGGGCCCUGGCACGACUACCCGGUGAUUGUGCUUAACAGCCCCUCGACCCCAACCUCCAUGGGUUCAACGGAGGACACCUACAGCAACAGGGUAUAUACAACUACAAUUGUAGAAGAAUACAAUAAGAAUAGUAAUGCUAAGGCAGAUAAUAACGAAUAUGUAAAUAUCGAUAGCAUAGAUGAAAGCGACGUAUUUUUUAAAAGCUAAUUUCCAGCUCAUUCCAAAGAUUGCAUGAAAGUGAUUAUGAUUAUUUUUAAUAUAAAGGAAGUGUAAAAAUAAAACAUGAAACAUUAGAUGUAGAGUAUUAUACGCGUGGCAUAAAUUGUAAAUAACAAAACCAAAGAAUUAAAAAAAAAAAAUUGGAUUUCAUUGGGAUGUUAUUACCUCUAAAGAUCAUCAAUAUAAAACAAGACUGAUAAAUGUCUUGCCUUUUAUCCACAAAGAAUCAUAUGGUCUGGGAAAAUAAGGGAUUAUUGUCUAAUGACAAAGAGGUGGACAACUAAAUAAGUUUAUAGUUUUAAGUGGCGUGUUUGGAAUCAUUGAAGGAGUUCGCUUGUUUGCCGCCUAAUCAGGUUAAUUUUUUACACAGGCCAGGUUUUAUACCUCUAGAGGUAAUAGCAUCUCACAGCCUAAAAAACUUCAACAAAGUGUUACAGUUUUAUUAUAAUCUAUAUUGCUAUAACAUUAAGUACACACUUGAAUAUAAAGCAAAUUUUACCAUAUAAUUUAUUUUUAUAAUUUACAAUAUUUCAAGUUAAUAAUAGGUGUACCUAUAUAUAACUAAUCUACCAACUAUCCUUGUUAUGUAACAAGAGUUAAUGCACUUUUAUACAUUUAAAGUUAACUAUGUUAUAAAUUAUAUAGUAAAAUUAUUAAGGAUACUUGUAUUAUAAAAGCUAUACUACAUUUGUAUAUAAAUGUUACUUACUGUAAUUAUGUAUCUAAUCAUUAAAUGCCUUACUGUGGACCAACAGCUGUGGUUAGAUUGUAAUUGUGGUCCAAAAAUCUCAUUGUCACAAUGCAUUCUCGUAAAUUUUUACAAUACAUCUAAUUCUCUUAAUUUACCGUAAAUGUUAUUCAUUAGUUCUUUUUUAUCUAUAUAUUUGGAAAUGCUACUUUGUAUUCAGAUUCCUUUAUCUUAUAUUUUGUCAAAAUAUGUAAAUAUAGAUUUCAUUUUGAAUUACAGCUCAUUUUGAAAUGUAGCCACAUCAGACUGACAGACGCAUAAUUUUGUACAAAAUAAUUGUAUAAACAUUUUAAACAAUACUAAUCAUCGCAAUAAGUGGAAUUACUUACAAAUGUAAAUAUGACUUGAUUAAAGUUACCAAAACAAUCGA